CCUACUCAUCGUAGGUUACCGUUGUCCAGAACUGAUAAAGUUAUCAGUUGGAUCAUAUUGAUUCCAUGAACAUCUGAUCCCGAAGGGUUUCUCACAUUCUACUUACCCUUCCGCCAACAACUAUCGCACCCGGAACCCCCGACCAUGGGCUCAUCUCAACAGCAAAAUGCUCCUUCCGCCAUUCAACUCCCCAUCAUCGACAUCUCCAACCCAGACACAACCGUUGGCGCACAGAUGCUCGAAGCCGCCCGCGAAUUCGGAUUCCUCUACAUUGACCCUAAAGGCACCGAAUUCACAGAAGACCUAGUCGUACGGCAAUUUGAAUUGUCACGACAACUAUUCAGCCUCCCAGACUCAGACAAGGAAAAGUGCCGCAUCAACCGCAGUAAUCGAGGAUGGACGGGCAUGGGUGGCGAAACCUUAGAUCCCAGGACACAGCGCAGGGGCGAUCUGAAAGAGGCAUUCAACAUGGGAGAAUUCAUCAACGGCCGACCAGAGCAGCCAUUACCUGACUUGCUGGAGAGGAACAUUGAACUCUUAUUAGAAUUUGAAGCCUCGUGUCGAAAGGUAUCUGCGCAAAUACUAGAUCUUCUAGGUCUGGGGUUACAAAUUGAAGAUGCACAGUUCUUCUCGUCUCGACAUACCCAACCUAGCGGAUGCAUUUUUCGAUUAUUACACUACUCCCCUCUCGCCCAAGAUUCGGACUACGACCCGGGCGUCGAUAUCCGGGCAGGAGCUCAUUCUGACUACGGCAGCGUCACGCUCUUAUUCCAACGUCCAUCUCAACCAGGGUUGGAGAUACGCACAUCCGACGAUACUUGGGCCCCGGUCCCAGUGUUUCCGGAAGGGUAUGAAUCAUCGACAACUUUGCCACCGAUUCUGGUGAAUAUUGGCGACCUCCUGUCAUAUUGGACGAAUGGUCUGCUGAAAAGCACCGUCCACAGGGUUGUGUUCCCCAAGGACAGUCAAAGUGCAGGCGAGGACCGGUAUUCGAUUGCUUAUUUCUGCCAUCCGGCUGACCAAGUUGAAUUGAUUCCUGUGCCCAGUCGCAUUGUGGCUGAACAUGUCCCAGAUCAGAAUGCAGAGAUCGGAUAUGGCGGUGGCACGCCUUCCCAGCGGGCUCUUACUGCGCAGCAGCAUUUGUUCAAAAGGCUCGAGGCGACUUAUGGGUUCCGGGGGGAGGCCUCUGCCGUCUAG